AUGCGGGGCGUCUUUGCCUUUGUCGGGCUCCUGCUGCUAAGCAUGGGGCGGACAAAAGUGGACCCAGCGCAGGCCCAGAAGGCUGUUGAUGCGGUACGCAGCGGUCAGACGUCGGUUAGGGGUGCUGCCGAGGCCUACGGGUUAAUAAGCAGGAACUCGCUGCACAGCCGUGUGACCAACAAGGUGGCCAUAGAUGCGAAGCCUGAUCCCGGGACUGUCCUGAGCAAGGAGGAUGGAGCUUUCGUAGAAGAUGUCGUGGUCUACGCUUCCCGACACUUUUUGCUGUUGGGUCGGAGGGAGCUGAAAGACGCCAUCUAUGCGGAAGAUCUGCCACGACGGGCGCAAGGUGCCCUGUCAAGGGCCCGAAGGAUCGCUGGCUUCAGUGGUUCCUGA